AACAAGUCAGGAAGUGAAAAUGACACAAGAUACAGGAAACAUAUUCACAUACACACUGGCAGUUUUGUCACUCGACUAACUGUCUCUCCACAGUUACUUCACUUUUCACAACAUGGACGUGUCAAACAGGAGAAUUGUCAUCCUGGGAAAAACUGGAGCUGGGAAAAGCAGCCUGGCUAACACCAUAUUUGGAGAGAAACUGUUCACGAUCGGCCAUUCUCCCAACUCUGAAACAAGUGAAUGUCAAUCAAAAACCAAAUCUGUCAAUGGAAGAAGCAUCACCUUGAUUGACACUCCUGGUUUCUUUGACACAGAUAGAUCUGAGGAGGAGCUGAAGUCUGAGAUAGUGAGGUGUAUCACAGAGUUCUCUUCUGGGCCUCAUGCUUUUCUCAUUGUGCUUAAAGUGGAGAAAUUCACAGAGCAGGAGCAGGCUGUCAUCACUAAAAUAUGCCAGUAUUUCUCUGAAGAUGCUCUAAAAUAUGCUGCAGUUGUCUUCACUCAUGGUGACCAGCUCCCUGAUGGAAUGAAAAUUGAGGAGUUUGUCAGUCAGAAUAAGAAUCUGAGUUGUCUGGUGAAGAAAUGUGGCAGCCGGUGCCACGUCAUUGAUAAUAAACACUCGAACGAAAACCCAAAGGAUAAAAACAGGAGCAACCAGUUCCAAGUGGAGGAGCUUCUUAAGUCAAUAGACAAGAUGGUGAUGAAAAACAACGGAAGCUGCUACACCAAUGAGAUGCUACAAGCAGUGGAGGAAGAAAUACAACAAGAGGAGGAGCACAUUAAACUGUUAUCAGGAAACAUGUCAAAGGAAGAGGUCAGAGAGCAGGCUAAGGGCAGAGUAUACACAAAGCUUUCUGUCAGAUUAGCAGGUAUUGGAACAGGUGUAUUGUUAGGAGCUUUGUUUGGUGUGGUAGUGCUGGGUGGAUUAGUUGUCUUACCAUUGAAAGCUUUAGCCGUAGCAGUUUCAGGACGAGUAGCAGCAGUUGCUGGAGAAACAGCAGCCGCAGUUGCAGGAGCAGCAGCAGCAGGAGAAACAGCAGCCGCAGUUGCAGGAGCAGCAGCUGCAGGAGAAACAGCAGCAGCUGCAGGAGCAGCAGCUGCAGGAGGAACAGCAGCAGCUGCAGGAGCAGCAGCAGCAGGAGGAGCAGCAGCAGCAGGAGAAACAGCAGCAGCUGCAGGAGCAGCAGUAGGAGUAGCUGGAGUGUCAGUAGGUAUAGUUAUAGGGACAUCUGCUGCAGUGGGAGCAGUGAUGGGAGGUGUUACAGGAUAUCAUGCAGCUGAGGGAGCAGACACACCACUGGAUGCAGCAAAGAGGACAGCAGAGGCUGUCAAGACUGGAGCCCUAUUUGUCUUAGAUCAAGCAAAUGAUGUUUUGGAGAGAUUAUCACAGUCAAAGUUAAAACAGAGUUAAAACCUAGAAUGAACUGUGAUUCUUGAAAAAGGGGGAGAUAAUAUAUGAUUAAAAAGUCAUAUCUCCCUGUAGAUUAAAUGAAAAUCUUGUUCUAAAGAAUCUUCAACCAUUGAGGUGAUUGUGUUUAUUCAUAUGUAAGAUGUAAUAGGUUGUGCUUCUUGUCUGAGCUUCAAACUUUAGUCAUUUAUUCCUUUUUCAUGAGCUAACCACAGAGUGUGUCGGUUUGAUGUGUUGUGUACUGUAAACUGUAACCACAAACCAAGAAGAUAAAACAUUUGAACAUCUUUUGUAGAGAAGAUCUUAAAGAUUGUUUAAAUCAAACAAGUGUACGCUGUUGGCUGUAUUUCUGUCUGCUCUUAAAAUAUUGGUCACUGUUUCCUGUUGCAAAAGCUAACCAGAAAAAAUCUCUCAAUGUAUGUACAACAUGAUUUUGUUAGACAGGCCUUCUGAUGCUCCUGCUAAAAGAGUUGUGGUUCUUUGUGGAUUACAAUGUGAACAGUAAACAAAUAAAAAUUUUAUUUGA